AAACAAUCCAGGCGAUGGACAAGUAUCAAUUAUAGAAGCCUAAUAAGAAAUUGGAUUAAAGGAUCGAAGGCGCGCGUUCCAUAUCGGCGAGCAAUUAAGCGUAGAAACAGGCGUUUUACGGGUUUUUUUGGGUCAUUAUGUGCGCUCUUCGGUCUCUUUGGGCUUCUCGUCAGUAAAGAAACCUUCUUUGGGUGCCUCGAGUGUAGCCAUCAAUCCGGUAUUCCUGCAGCCAACAUGGACCUCGACGACAUCCUGCCACAAAUCGGGGAGUUCGGAAAGUACCAGAAGCUCAUGCUGUGGCUCAUCUGCCUGCCAGCAUGCUUCCCCUGCGGCUUUGGCGCCUUCAACCAACUCUUUAUGGCCGACAUUCCCAACCACUGGUGCCGCGUUCCCGCCCUGUCCAACCUCACAGUGGAGGCGCGAAAACGGCUGGCAAUCCCGCAGGAGAACGGCACCUUUGCCAAAUGUGCGCGAUACGCCCUCAACUACUCCCUAGUGGAGGACUGGGGAGGUCCCGGAGAGCCUCCUCCGCCCACCGAGCCCUGCUUGGAGGGCUUUGAGUUCGACACGUCCACCUCCCUCCACUCCAGCAUAGUGCUAGACUUCGGGCUGGUGUGCGACAAGGCGAUCUACCCCACCUUGGGCCUGGUGGCCCUCAACGUGGGCGGACCCCUUGGGGUCUACGGGUUCGGCUGCCUCAACGACCGCAUUGGGCGCAAGCGCACCUUCUUCCUCUGCCUCACCGUCCUCAUAGUGGGCGGCCUCCUCACUGCUCUCUCCCCCACUUUCUGGUGGUGGGCGGCCAGCCGCUUUGUCGUCGGCCUCACCAUUCCUGCCAUCUACCAGAUCCCCUUCAUUAUUUCGUUGGAGCUGGUGGGCCCGAACUACCGCUCCUUUAUCACGGUGCUCACCUGCCUCUUCUACACCGUGGGGCUGAUAAUGCUGGCCGGGAUCACCUACCUGGUGCGCGAUUGGGUGCACUUGUCGCUGCUCACCUCCGCACCUUUCAUCCUCUACUACCUCUACUGGUUCGUGCUGCCUGAGAGUCCGCGCUGGCUGCUCGCCAAAGGCCGCUUCGAGGAAGCGGCCACCAUUCUGGAAACGCUGGCAAAGACCAACGGCAAGGAGCUCCCAGCCUGCUUCAAGCAGCAGCUGAAGCAGCGGAUGAGCAACAAGCGGAGCAGCAGCGAGGAGGCGCGCCUCAAUCGCAACCUGGGGCUGCGCGACCUGUGCGCCACCCCCAACAUGCGGCUCAAGACCGUACUGAUCACGCUCAACUGGUUCGCCAACAACAUGGUGUAUGUGGGGCUCAGCUACUACGGCCCGUCGCUGGGCAGCAACCAGUACCUCAGCUUCUUGCUGAGCAGCGCUGUGGAGAUUCCCAGCUAUGUGGCGGCCUGGUUGCUGAUCGAGCGCUGGGGCCGAAGGUGGCCGCUGUGUCUUUGCAUGAUUCUGAGCGGCAUCAGCUGCAUCGCCACUGUCCUGGUGCCGAAAG